AUGGCCCAACUAAAAUUAUCCCCGCCCAACAGCAUGAAUGUCCUACUCAACAAAAUGACUGCAAUAACUUCAAAUUCUAACGGAAAAAAAAUCUUGAACUUAUCCUCACCAAGUUGGAACUCACCCCAGCACAAGAAAUCAAACUGGAUCAUCGGAUCACCACAGGAAGAAUGUCUGACGGACAGGUUUGGCCGCACGUACGACAGUGAUUUCCUGUUCUUUGCUAGUUUGGAGAACAAUGUCGACCAGCAGCUCAGUAAAGGGAAAACCAUCCUCUCUCACAUUAUUAACAAGAAACAGGCAUCUGAAAAUUUGGAGAACUCCACGUCCACCACAGGUCCUUAUGAUUCUCACACAUUCUGGACAUUCCUGUUUCAGACAUACUUCUUGAAUGCCGACGACCAAAAGUCGAAGCAGGAUGACAUGCUGUUCUUCGUCAAGCAGUUCACCAUUUCCGGAUUCAAAAUUCCAUCUAAUGAUGUUGAGGUGUACAGGAGCAACUCCAGUAACCUGCCAUCCCUCUUGAGUCUCGACGUCAACUGGGAGGAAACUGUUUAUCUCAAUCUCAUUCUUCAUCAUUUUCAGUACCAUGUGACAUGUGCCGUCUGCACCAGAACGGGCAGGAAUGAACUUCAAGUCUUGAAGAAAUUUACACAGGUCGUGUACCCCUCUCCGAGUUACAGAGGGGCAGAGGUCAAGGGCACUAGUGAGGAGAUAACUUACCCCUACAUCUACUUUACCAUCGACAAUUAUGAAGAGGCGUUUUCAGAUUUGAUAAUGAGAGAUAGUGAGCUGCUGUGCGUGGAGUUGGUAGCCAAGGACCAGAGGGACAAAUUCAAAUGUGUCCUCUUCCAAGGAUCCGUCAAGUAUCCGGAUCUAAGGAAGGGAUAUGACGAUAAGCGCAGUAGUCAGAACAAAAGCCUCUAUCACAAACUGUCAUCAUCUUUCCGCUGGCUCAGUAACAACAGCAUCCCCUGCAACAGCAGCAACAAAACCAGCAUGGAUAGCCCGGAUGAUGAUGACGACGGGGAGGGUGUGGCCUACCAGCGGGUGGAGUUUUUGAAGAUGAGGGGUCCGGAUGGGAAGGGCAUAACGGAGAUCGGGGUGAGGAGAGCCCGGCAGGUGAAACUCGAUCAAAAUGGAUUCAAUUAUUCGAGGUUUGAACAUGAGCAGCUGUUUGCCAUGCAGAAGAAAAAGUAUAAACCAGCCACAACAUCUAACGACCAAGGAAUAGGUGAGAGGCACUCGAGUGAUCCAAGCAUGAACAGCAAGUACUACUACUACCAUCAACAUCAUCGCAAGAGGAACUUUAGUGGCGGCGGCGACAAUAAAAACGUCGGCCACAGCAGCACGUUGUCACUUGGGUGGCCUCAGAGGAACAGGUCAAGGUCGGAAGAGGAUUCGGUGGAUCGGGUGGGCUUGCCCGAGGCUCUGAUCAAUGGCAUUAAACUGCAGGAUGAGUUGGAUGAUAACAAAAACUCGAGUUCCAUUGGUUGUCUUUUUAAAACAUUCGGCCAAUCAUAUUUUGCCUUUAAAGAACAAAGACGGUUAAAUAGCACGGCUCUUCAUUCAUUCCUAACGCAUAUAUCCCUCCCGUGGCAUCGGAUCAUAGCUGAUCUGCUCGAGCCUAAAGAAAGAGCUGUCAUCUCUAACACAUGAUUUCACUUGCACAUGUACACAUACACACACACACUCAUACACGUUCAGUCAUACGCAAUCUCAUAUGUAAGCACCGAGGUACACUCAUUUAGAUCUACGUACAUACAGACGUACACAAACGUGUACUUUAAUGUAAGUUACGUUAACAUUAUUCAAAGACAUCAUCGUAAUUACAAUAAUCAUUAUUGUCAUCAUCAUCAUCAUUAAUGUCAUUGAUCACCACAUUGUUAACGUUUCAUCACUGUGAUCACUAUCGCCAUGCACAGCACAUUCCCUCUAAAUAAACGUUACAUUAUGAUCAUCAUUGUUCACUAUCAUCAUUAUCUACAUCAUUGUCAUUAAUGUUAUCAUCAACACGAACCAAUAUAUUGUUCAAGGUAUCGGUAGUUCAGUUGUCGAUCAUUCCAACAACUGCACUUACCACCGUAGAGUUUAUAUUACAAAAUAUUCCUUCACAUAUAUUUUCCUGACCUUCUCAUUUUAUAGAGUUAAACUUGCUUGUUUGUUAAUUAAUUGAAUGUUGUAACUGUUUCUACAUGUUUCAUUUCAUA